AUGGCCUACAGCGGGCAGUAUGGACUAUAUGGUAAUCCUACGAAUGUGGAAAGAAAUAAUGAAAGGCACAACAGUUUAUUUUAUACUGGCGAAACCCCAGAUGCACAACUGGCAUCGCAGGUGAAUGCUCAAAUGAACUUAGGGCCUCAAAUCCCUAGUUAUCCUCAAGAAAAAAGAAGAACACGUCGGCAUAGAGAUGCCCAUGCUUAUGAUAUGUCAUUAAUGGAGCCAGAAGCCAAUUUUUUACCACCAAUGACACCUUCCACUCCUUUAGCCCCAGCUGCACAACCGCUUGAUACGACUGGUGUAAGUUCAGAAGCUCCAUAUGAAGAUACAAACCUUUUAGACCCUAAAUCAUUACCUUCUGUUCCGGAUGCGCGCUUUCAAGAUCAGUUGACAUAUAAAAACUACACUUUCAACUCAAUGGACAAGACCAAUCCACCUUUGUCGACAACCGAUUUUGUUGGUUAUGAACAAAAUAAUUCAUCUUCUAAAUUUGUUCAGUUGACUACUUAUGCUAUUCCAUCUUCUAACGAUGUUUUAAACAGUUCAGGUUUACCAUUGGGUAUGAUAGUGCAGCCAUUCGCUGAGAUUCGUCCUGAUGAGGCUCCUGUUCCCGUAGUGGAUUACACUACAUCGAGUCCCCCUCGCUGUAAGAAAUGCCGUGGGUAUAUUAAUCCAUUUGUCCAGUUUACUCUGUCACACAGUGGUUGGACCUGUAACCUCUGUGGUGCCGAAAAUAGUCUCAGCAACGAUGUUUACAACCCUAUGCUUUUUACGAAUCAACAAAAUGGUUUUAGUUCUCUACCGGAACUCAAUGUGGGGACAGUCGAUUUUGAAGUUGGAAAGGACUACUGGGCUGUUGAAGAAAGCCCUCAGCCUGCUCAGUAUGUAUUCGUGAUAGAUGUAUCCUAUGAGGCUACCUCAAAGGGUAUCCCUAAAAUAGCUGCUGAGGCCAUUCGAGAUAUACUAUAUGGUCCUACCCCGUUACAUCCCUCUGUCAGAGUUACCAUCAUUGCUUUUGACCGAAAUGUACACUUUUUUUACUUGACGCCUAACUUGGAACAGCCUCGUAUGAUAUCUGUUGCUGACUUGGAGCAUCCUUUUGUUCCUUUUAAAAACGGUUUAUCAGUAGACCCAAUGGAAUCAAGAACUGUAAUUGAACGUCUUUUAGAUACCCUUCCUUCAAUUGUAGAGGACAUAAAGGUACCAGAACCUGCUGUCGGUAAUGCAAUGGAAUGUAUUAAGGACCUUCUUAAGGAGACCGGUGGAAAAGCAUGUUUGUUUGUAAGUGCACUCCCUACAAUGGGAUUAGGACGACUAAGGUAUCGUGAGGAUCAAAGACUUUACGGAAACCCCGAAGAAAAAAAUCUUUGGAACACUCAGGAAAAAUGGUAUUCUCUCUUAGCAGACGAGUUAGUAACCUCAGGAAUAUCUAUUGAUAUUUUUUUCACGCCUACUGCUUACGUUGAUGUUGCUACGGUUGGUAGUGUUGCGACAUUAACCGGUGGACAAGUAUGGUACUACGGAAAUUUUGUGCCGGAAAGGGAUGGGCCACGCCUAAAACAAGAUUUAUACCGUAGUGUUACUCGUGAACAAGGUUUUCGCGUGAUGCUUAAGACUCGUUGCUCGAAUGGUCUACGCGUCUCUAGAUAUCUUGGUAACUUUUUACAAAGAACUCCACGAGACAUCGAAUUUGGUGGAUUAGAUGCUGAUAAAAGUAUUGGGAUGUUGUUUAACUUGGAAGGAAAAUUGAAUAAUGCGUUGGACGCUCACUUCCAAACAGCAGUUCUCUACACAACGCCGAGGGGGGCUCGCAGAGUCCGUGUUAUUAAUUACUGUUGUGCUGUUACUUCGCGUAACUAUGAUACGAUAUCUCUAGCUUGUGUAGAACCAUUAGUCGGUAUCUUCUCAAAAAUUGCUUCCAUGAACAUGGCGACAGAGUCUUUAAAGGCAAUUGCUACCAAACUUGUCGAGGGUAUUGUCAAACUCUUGUCUUGCUAUAGAAAGGUUGCAUCUAGUCGGUUAACCCCAGGACAACUGGUACUCCCAAAGCAUUUAAUUCUGUUACCGAUCUAUAUGUUGUCAGUGUUAAAAUCCUCUGCUUUCCGAAGUGGCACUAUCCAUAGUGAUGUACGAGUAUCACAGUUUAGAUUUAUUCGCGCAUCUCCUUUAUCUCAGUUGAUGCUUAACUUAUAUCCUCAUAUAUAUGCUUUGCAUUCUUUACAGCCAAAUGAGUGCAUUCCUAACGCUGAUGAUCCUGGAUGCACACCCGUUGAAUACCCAUUAUGUGUCAGAGCUUCAAGGAAAUUCAUUGAAGAUGGGGGUGCUUUUUUGAUAGUUACCGGCCAGAAAGUUUUCUUGUGGUUACACCAACGAACUUCUCCUUUAUUGUUACAGGAUUUAUUUGGAGUUAGUCAGUUAGAACAAGUUGAUUCAAUGAAGGCUUGUGAACUACCAGAAAUGGACAACUUACUUUCUAUCCAAGUUCGAAACUUGCUGUCAGCUUUGAAGUUGCAAUAUCCUCAUAUAUCAGUGCAGCCACAAGUUGUCCGCCAGGGUAUAGAUGGAAGUGAAGGUGAAGUCUUUUCUACCUUAGUGGAAGAUCCUUCAAGAGAAGGAGUGGGCUACAUUGAAUUUUUAACCAUGAUCCAUGAAACCUUGCAUAGUCAGGGUUUCAAAUAG